CGCCCUAGAAAAUCUCUAUACCAGAUAGUUUUUAUUUUCCUGCAUCAACUUCAAGUUCAGUUAAUCCUGAAAUUAUGUUGUGGUAACGAGAUUAGAACAUUUCUGGGAUUACGAUAUGAAAUGAAACAGUAGAUUAAAAUGGCUGAAUUGUUGCUGGAUUCAGAUAUCAGAUUGUGGGUUUUUUUACCAAUAGUUAUACUAACAUUUCUAAUAGGAAUUGUUCGACAUUAUGUUUCAAUUCUUAUUUCAUCUACAAAGAAAAUUGAAUUGCAGCAAGUUCAAGACAGUCAAGCUCUUAUACGAAGUCGAAUGCUGCGGGAAAAUGGGAAAUAUAUACCUAAACAGGCCUUUCUCAUGAGGAAACACUUCUUCAACAAUGAAGAAAGUGGUUAUUUCAAGACUGUUAAGCGAGCUCCUGCCAUGCAGAACCCGAUGACCGAUCCUUCCAUGAUGACAGACAUGUUGAAAGGAAAUCUAACCAAUGUAUUACCUAUGAUACUUGUGGGUGGAUGGAUUAACUGGACUUUUUCAGGAUUUGUGACCACUAAGGUGCCAUUUCCACUGACACUGAGGUUCAAACCGAUGUUACAACGAGGUAUAGAACUUUCAUCCCUUGAUGCUUCAUGGGUCAGUUCUGCAUCCUGGUAUUUCUUAAAUGUCUUUGGACUGAGGAGCAUAUACACACUAGUUCUAGGAGAAAAUAAUGCUGCCGACCAGACAAGAGCUAUGCAAGAUCAGAUGUCAGGAGCUGCCAUGGCAAUGCCACCUGAUCCCAAACAGGCCUUCAAGGCUGAGUGGGAAGCACUGGAGAUCUGUGAGCAUCAGUGGACCCUGGACAAUGUAGAGAAUGAAGUCUGUGGCCUUUCAGUUCAACAAGAUGUAGUAGAUUAAAAGUUAUUUAUUUAAGUUAAAAAUAUAACAAGUUCUUUAGUGAUGGUCAUGGUAAACAUUUAUAUAUGUUUGUGUGUAGUUUAAAGUUUAAAUCUAUAUGAUAAUUUCUUGUUUAAAAUAUAGGUAAGUAUUCCAAUUUAAAAACAAUACCCCGUCAGUAAUAUGUUUUACAGCAUAUUGUCGUAGAAAAACAAUACCCCGUCAGCAAUAUGUUUUACAGUGUAUUGUCGUAGAAAAA